AGCGAAACUAAACUUAUAUUUAAGGUUUCCUAUUUUAUGUUCAGUUUGAGGCUGAAGAUGGAGCAAGAUGCAUGUGUGUCGACUUCUCAGGCCAUGGAAGAGUUAAUAGUUGAGCUACGUCUGUUUCUUGAACUGUUGGACCAUGAAUAUCUAACAUCCACUGUCAGAGAGAAAAAGGCAGUAAUAACUAACAUUCUCCUGAGGAUACAGUCAUCAAAAGGUUUUGAAAUAAAAGAACAUGUACAAAAACAAGAAGUCUCCAAUAGCUUACCUGCCCCUCCUCAGAUGCCUCUGCCAGAGAUACCUCAGCAAUGGCUGCCCCCAGAUAAUGGGCCUCCACCAUUACCAACAUCAUCCCUUCCAGAAGGCUACUAUGAAGAGGCAGUGCCACUUAGUCCUGGAAAGGCCCCCGAAUACAUCACUUCCAAUUAUGACUCGGAUGCCAUGAGCAGCUCUUAUGAAUCAUAUGAUGAAGAGGAGGAGGAUGGGAAGGGGAAAAAAAUGAGACAUCAAUGGCCUUCUGAGGAGGCCUCUAUGGACCUAGUGAAGGAUGCUAAAAUCUGUGCCUUCCUCCUAAGAAAGAAGCGUUUUGGACAAUGGACCAAAUUACUGUGUGUUAUCAAAGAAAACAAACUACUGUGUUAUAAAAGUUCGAAGGAUCAGCAACCUCAGAUGGAACUGCUCUUGAAUGACUGCAGCAUCACAUAUAUUCCCAAAGACAGCAAAAAGAAGAAGCAUGAGCUGAAAAUUAGUCAUCAGGGAACAGAUGCACUGGUUCUAGCAGUACAAAGCAAAGAGCAGGCAGAGCAGUGGUUGAAGGUAAUAAAAGAAGUUUGCAACAACUGUACAGGAGCUAUAGACUCAGAUGGACCAUCAUCUAGCUCACCAGUACACAAGACAGAACUGGAAAAGAAAUUGUCUUCUGAGAGGCCAAGUUCAGAUGGGGAGGGUGCUAUAGAAAAUGGAAUCACUGCUGUGUGUAAUGGAAAAGAACAAGUGAAGAGGAAAAAGAGUUCGAAGUCAGAGGCCAAGGGUACUGUAACUAAAGUAACAGGGAAAAAAAUAACGAAGAUCAUUGGAUUAGGAAAGAAAAAACCAUCAACAGAUGAACAGACCUCAUCAGCUGAGGAAGAUGUUCCAACAUGUGGGUAUCUCAAUGUGCUGUCAAAUAAUCGCUGGCGUGAGCGCUGGUGCAGAGUGAAAGAUAAUAAGCUCAUUUUCCACAAGGACAGGACAGAUCUGAAGACCCAUAUUGUUUCUAUCCCCCUACGUGGCUGUGAAGUCAUUCCAGGAUUGGAUUCCAAGCAUCCCUUAACGUUCCGUCUGCUUCGAAAUGGGCAGGAAGUUGCAGUAUUAGAGGCCUCCUCAUCUGAAGACAUGGGCAGAUGGAUUGGAAUUUUGUUAGCUGAAACUGGUUCAUCUACAGACCCUGGAGCUCUGCACUAUGACUACAUUGAUGUGGAGAUGACUGCAAGUGUCAUACAAGCUGCAAAGCAGACCUUCUGCUUUAUGAACAGACGUGUUAUAACUACUAAUCCAUACCGGGGAAGCACUGCCAAUGGCUACGCAUGUCCCAGUGGAAUGACACUUCAUUACGAUGAUGUUCCCUGCAUAAAUGGAUCGUGGGAACCAGAAGAUGGCUUUCCUACUUCUCGUAACAGAAACAUCGGAGAAGAAAUGCUUUAUGAUAACGCAGGCCUGUACGAUAACUUGCCGUCUCCGAAAAUCUUUGCACGCUAUCCACCAGCUGACAGAAAAGCCAAUAGGUUAUCUACUGACAAACUAUCCUCUAACCAUUACAAAUACCCUGUUUCAUCCAGUCUGUCUUCUGCUCAGUCUAUCACUAACACCUCUGCUGUGGGGAGGGGAUCUGUCUCUCAGUUCAAAAGCAAGAAACCCCCUGCAACUGCAAAUGGUAUCACAGGAAAAGGGAGAGUUUUAAACAACCAACCAAAGAAAUCUGAAUUAGUUUCAUGUGUGAAACGUACAGCAUCUAAUGCUGAUCAAUACAAAUAUGGCAAGAAUCGGGUGGAAGCAGAUGCAAAGAGGUUACAAAGUAAAGAGGAGGAAUUAUUAAAGAGGAAAGAAGCUCUGCGGAAUAGGUUGGCUCAACUCCGAAAAGAAAGGAAAGACUUACGAGCUGCCAUUGAAGUCAAUGCUGGCAGGAAAACCCAAGUGAUUCUUGAAGAUAAGUUAAAGAAGUUGGAAGAGGAAUGUAAGCUGAAGGAGAGCGAGCGUGUCAGUUUGGAGUUAGAACUGACUGAGGUGAAAGAGAGCUUGAAGAAAGCCUUGGCUGGAGGCAUUACACUAGGAUUGGCCAUUGAGCCCAAAUCAGGAACCUCAAGCCCACAGUCUCCAAUAUUCAAGCACCGAACUAUGGAAAACUCCCCUAUCUCCAGUUGUGAUACAAGUGAUACUGAAUGCUCAGUACCUGUGAAUAGUGCAGCAGCUCUGAAGAGACCUUCCUCAUCAAGUAAUUCUCCUUGUCGAGGCCAUGUACUUAGAAAAGCAAAGGAAUGGGAGAUGAAAAAUGGAACCUAAACACAGCAAGAACAUUUUCUUUGUAUAAAGGGCUUAUCUAGUAUGGAUCAAGACAUAGGCUGCGAAAGACUCAUCUGUGGAGUGGUGUCAAGUGAUACAGCAUAAGAGGUUCUAUAAUUCUAUUAAGUUAUAGGUAGCUUGGCCCUCAUUUGUCUGUACUCUCUACUGUAUUACUGUGUAACUAAGUGCGCCCCUUUUUAUUACCUGUAACUUUUUCCCCAACUUUAUUUGUAAAAAUCUUAGUAAUGUAAAAGGAGCAUAUAGUUGCAAUUGAGAUUUACAUUGCUGAAAUGGAUUAAACCAACAUUUGCAUUGCAUUAGAAAUCCAGAAAGGAAAUGAAAACUGGUGGGUGUUUUCAAGCCUUAAGUGAAAUCAGUUCAAUUUAGACGUGAUGUACUGUUAAGGCUUAUUUUGACUUUCAGAAUUCUACCAUAAAAGUUGUUGGGAGAGGACUUUUCACAAGCUUACUUAUUAGGAUUCACUCAGCUAUUACCUGUUUACAUGGCUAGACACUGAAGAAAUACAGUAUAGCCGCAGAAGUGAUACGAUUUGCUCAAGCUGGGAAGUCAGAAGCCCUUCUCUGCAUCUUCACAAUUCCACUGUGAAGCAUUUUUUGAUGCAUUUUGGACACAUGCUUUUGUUAUCAGGAUCUCUCCUAUAUGAUCUGAGAACUAUAUUAUUCCUGAUUUUCAAAAGGCAACAAAGUGCUUCAUUUCUGCAUCUCUCAAAGAGACAGCCAUUAAAAUUAAUUCUGAACUAAUAAUGGCAAUUUUAAAUAGCUCAUGUAGUUUGGUUUUGCUUGCUGUUAAAUUUGAGUUUUAGAACGUGGCUAUAUUUGUUUCCUUCAUUCCUUUCAGAUCUCAGACACUGUUUUUGAGGAUGACAGGCUGAGGGAAUUAUUUCUAUUCUCCUUUAUACACAAUAGUGAUAAAGUGAGAUGUGACAGAGAUAUUUGAACAGACUCAUGGUCUUUUGCCAAGAAACAGAAUCUUUCCUUUUACUCUGCAAAAUUGAUACAAAGGUCUGUUCUCCCUUUUGUAUUUACAUCACUCCUGGAAAGUUGCAUGCAUUAUUGCCAGUUGAACAUCCAAAAAACUCAUAUCAUCUUCUUAAAAAUCUUGAUGUUUUAUAAAAAGAAGUGUUUACUCUUUUUAUUUGCCUUCUGGUUUAGGGUGCCUUAGGCAUACUCAGGUUGUGUUUUCCAGGUUUUGUUCAUAACCAUUAGGGCUAGAAAUUUUGAGGGAAAAAAUAGAGAUUCUAAUAGUCACUGGCCUCCAGGGGUUAAGGCACCAAAUAUAUCAGAGAAGUGAGAAGAGUUGGCAACGCUGUAAUAAGGUAAGAAAAAAAUAUCCCUUCGUCACCUGCCUGCAGUUCUAUCAUAGUUGUCAUUAGUAAGAAUGUAUAUUGCUUUGUCAAUGUAUAGACCUAUACAAAACUUGGGGAAUGCAAGAGGACAUCAGUGGGAGAUCUGCAUGGAAGGAGACUAGGUUUGGGACCAGAGACCACAUUUUUCAGGUUUCAGUGUACAAAGGUUCCUGAAAAACCCAUGCGGGGUUGUGGGGGCUGAAUACUGAAAGCCUGGUCCAUAAUGGCCCACUACUAAAGGCCUGAUCCUGUUUCCCAUUAAAGUCAAUGACAAGGCUCCCAUUGCUCUCAGUGCUAGCCCUAAAUGGCAGAAGGUUCUUCCUUCUCUUAGUACAUAUUUUUUAAAUGCAAAUACAGUAGGGAAAUAAAUGUUAGCAGUGUUCAUUAUUCCAAGUAGGAUGUUAUAUUCUACAAUAGAUUGCCAUUAACACUUUAUAGGUGGAGGGCACAUGUUAUGCUGCAUGACUGGACUACAAAUAUCCCACGAACAUCAGGAAACAAAUUGAUGCAAAAAAUUCAUUUAGGCAUUUUAUUUCAAAAUAAGUUAUUUAUUUGUAUAUUUCAAUAAAUAUUUAAUUUAUAUCUGUACAUAUUUAUGAUGCAAAUUAGGCCUCUAGUCAAUGUGUUUGACAACAAAAUAGUUACCAUUACAAACUGGUCCCACAUCAAGUAACACCAAAUAAUCAUUAGCCUAACUAAUUAGUUUUUCAAGUUUUGGCUUUGUGACUCUCAUCUCCAUUGUGAAGUUCAAUUUGGGAGGAGGCUGGAGUUAAAGUUUGAGUCCAUGCCUGAGAUAGGAGUGUGCAAAUUCCUGUAAUCAAACAAAAAUUUUAAAGUCUGCACAGCUCCCAUUAAUGAUGAUAAUAGGGUCUUCUACUCUGCCACAUAUACUUUUAAGAAUGGCACCUUUUAGUGCCCAAUCCAAAUGAAGUAUUAUGGACAAGAUUAAGCAUAUUCUUCCCUAUCCCUUGCAAAGAACUAUUUUCACCCAAACAUACUGCAGUUAAACAUUUCUAAAUAUUGCUAACAUUUUGCAUUAGCGUACUUGUGAAAUCUAUUCUAUAAUGAAGAAUAUAAUGGCCAAGGUAUUUUAAGAAAAAAUCAUUCAAAGCCUGAAAUAACCUCCUUACAGACCUCAUUCAGGGCUGUGAAAUAUACACAUUUUGUUUCACAUUACUUUUACUGUACAGUUUUUACUGAAAAGCAACAGAGCUUGCUUUUUUAAAGUUUUUAAACUGAAAAAUCACCAGGCAAAACUCAGCAAUAGGCCAGCAUGACAAAAAUUUGUAUUUUAAACCAUCACGAUUCAGUGUCUUUUGAGAAAAUUGUGUGCUUCCUCAACAAACUCCUAUUAUUGUAUCAGGUGCUUUUUGUUAUACUUUUUAAAAUAUGGGAUCAUAAUUUUAGGGGACCAAAGGUGUUUUUAUAAGAGGAUUGUGGUGAUUUGAUUUUUCUAACAGAGAAUACUUAAUGUAGUAUCAAUUUUUUAUUUUAGACACUUUCAAAAUAAUUGACCCUGGCUGUAUGUUGUAAGAUAAUGUUCUCAUAUUAAGAAUGUAAUUAUUUCCUUAUUGUAUUUUUUAAAAAACAAAAUCGUAUUUAAAAUCUCUGUGAAAAAAAGCAUGCAAGAUACAUGACAAAGUUUUUGUUUUAUUUUUGUUAUUGGAUAUGUUGGCAGUGCUCAUUAUAAUUGACUGUAAAUAUAUUCUUUCUACUGUAUUUCUCUCAACAUAUUUAAUUUUAGAGGCACAUUCAUGGAAAAUCAUGUAAAAAAAAUCCAAAAUAGACCCACCUACCAAUGUGCAUCUUAGUAGCUUCAAUUAACUUUCUGCCUUUCUAGUUUAUUCUCCCAGAAGUCUUACAGAGUGUGAAAAAAGACUGACACCUCCUAGGUGUGACAGAUUCAUGAGAAUUAUUAAUAAAAGGUACCCUGUCAAAA